GGAGUCGGAAAUGCUGUCCGUGCAGGAGGUUCAGUAGGUUUUGAGACAGAGCCCCGCGGGAGACACGGCAGCACUCUCCGGUGUUCUCAACUUUCCCCACUUUGAUGGAUCUGAACCUACAACCUCCAUACGGAUUUUAACGUGGAUCAUCACUUUCGUACGAACUCGAUAAAACCCGUAAACGCAUUCGGAGAGACCUAUGCGAACUUUACUAAGCGGGUUUGUUUAUUUUGAUGCAGACUUCGUCGCCGCUCCAUGGAAACUCUCCGCGGGGUGACACGUGUAUGAACGCGUGCAUUUUCGCCCUGUCUGGAUGACUGUGGGCUUGGUGUGGAUGUAUGAGGGUGUUUAUUAUUAUUGUUGGGAAAAAAUCGCGUCUCAUUUUUGAAGUGGACGAUGUUAGGCUGCUGUUAGCUUAGCAUAGCAAAGGCCUUGAGUCUGCAGUCUGGUUUGCGGUACGAGUAUCAAAACUGCUGCUGCUGCUGCUGCCUUGUUGGCUGUGGAAAUACACAUUCAGCAUUAGGACGCUCAAAAGUGCUUUAAUCGCUAAAGGAGUGUAAGUUCGAGGAGAAAGUGUAUGGGCUUCACCGGGGAGCUGCUGCUGUACAUGAAGUGAACCUCCCGGUCAGCAGAGCAGAAUACGGAUGCAACAGCCACAUUCAACAUUAGAAACCGAUGCUUCUCCAGAUGCAUCUGAAAAUGACUAUAGGAUAUUGGAUGAAUGAAAGCUAAACACAAAAGCCCAAUGAGCGACACACGGUCUACAGUCCCUGACAGAACCAGUAGCUUUCUCAGCAGAGACCACCCUUCUGACAAGAGGGCCAAAAGUGAUAAGCUGCCCGGUACCCCAACACACGAGUUUGACCCAACAGACGUGCUGGUGCAGAAGAGUGGAUGUGUAGUGGCUGACAGGAGACCUGAGUCUUGUGGGCUGGUUCAGAGAUGCGUGAUCAUUCAGAAAGAUGAGAAUGGCUUUGGGCUGACCGUCAGUGGGGACAACCCUGUUUUCGUGCAGCUCGUCAAACAGGAUGGCGCUGCCAUGCGAGCAGGUGUUCAGACGGGGGACAGGAUCAUUAAGGUGAACGGGACCUUGGUGACGCAAUCAAACCAUGUUGAAGUGGUGAAGUUAAUCAAAUCCGGCUCUUAUGUAGCCCUCACAGUAUUAGGCCGACCGCCUGGGUUGCCCCAGAUCAACCUCUCUGAGGUGGACGUUGGUCUCGAGUCACCGGAUGUUUUCGGGGACCCUUUUAUUACAUCCCCCAACUCUUACAAUGCAGCAGAACGCACCUCCUCUCCUCUUGUAUCAUGGGAAGAGAACAGUGCUCUACACAACCAAAGAAUGGACAGCAGGAGGACUGGUUUAAAGGAUCAACAGGACACGCAGGGACUAAAGGAGGACUACAGCAGAACCCCUACGCCCAAACCACUACGGGACAUCCAGGAAGCCAAAAAACACAUUCCACAUCAUCAGAGCCAGUUCAACAGGGCUACACAAGAGAGUCUGUGUCUCAGGAACAGUGAAGAUGGCUCAUGGGCAGAAGAGGAUCAAUAUAAGGGAGAUUACAGCCCAGAGGCUUUCUGGAGUGGAAAUUCAGUGUCAUCUGUCCACCGGCGCUUCUACCCAGCUUCUCCAGAGAGUCAGCGAGACUCUAACUGUUCCAGUCCGAAAAGCACCCCCAGAGACAGCUUUAACUCCUGCCCUUCUCCUGAAGUUGAGGACGGUUCUGACCUGGAUUCUCGAUUCCCAUCCACCGUAGGGAGCCCACCGUCUCGUUUGGUUUCUGAGAUCAUUGCUGCUGAAGAUGAUGACUUUGACUCUGAGCAGGAGCAGGUUAAUGGCCAGUGCAGCUGCUUUCAGAGCAUCCAUCUGCUCAAGACUCGACCUGCUCAUCUUGCUGCUUUUCUGCAUCAUGUGAUCUCUCAGUUUGACCCUGCACCUCUGCUCUGCUAUCUGUAUGCUGACCUCUACAAACAGACCAACUCCAAAGAAACUCGGCGCAUCUUCAUGGACUUCUUGACGUUCUUCAUAGACCGGGGGGCAAAUUUGAAAGUCGCUGUGCCUGAAUCCAUCUCAUCUGAACUCGAGCGGAGGAGACCAGAAUUGAUUCCUGAGGAAUUACACAGGCAGUACAUACAGACAAUGCAGGAAACUCUCUUUCCUGAUGUACAGAGGAACCUGGAAGACUUCAGGCAGAAGCGCAGUAUGGGCUUGACCCUGGCGGAUGCAGAGCUGUCUCGUCUGGACUCUGAACAGCUGGCUGUAGACAGAGAGAGAGCCUGUGCUGAAAGCAUCCUCUCCAAGAUAGAUGACGUUCUGUUGACUUCACAACCCACAGAAGAGGAGAAAUGCUCCGCUAUACAGUAUGUGAUCUUCAUGUACAUGAAGCAUCUGGGAGUUCGGGCGAAAGAGCAACGAAACCUGGAAUCCAAACGAGUUCGAAUUAAUUUCCUUCCUUCCAAACUAAGGAAAAGCAAAACAGAAAAGGAUGGGGAGGAGAAACAGAAAAAGUCUCGCUUCCCCAUCCGGGUGCCCCCGCGGUGGCCCAGUCUCCUCGAUUCAGUACCAUCUGGCAGGGCCGGGGAAAGCAUCAAGCAAAGGCCUCAGAAGCAGAUGUCUCAGCCGGCGCUGGGUGGCUCAGAGCUGAUCGAUGCUGGACGUUUGAGGGGCAGUCAGUCAAGUGAGGGCUCAGACCUGCUCCACAGCCCGGGAAUCAUCACCUCCCCCCCGUUUAGUGCCCCCUAUAGCUCAUCGUCAGAUCCCUCUGGCAGGGACCCUGAGUUCAAUAUGAGCCCGUCGGCUGUGGUUCCUCGGCUCAGUGAUGGGCUGCAGUCUGGAGACCCACUGGAGAGCAUCUACCCACCCUGUGACUACAUCCCAUACAACAUGGACCAGCUGGAUGAAGACAGAGAUGGAGACAGACUCCCUGAUGGGGGCACCCCUAAACUGAGCAGAAGGUUUGAGGAUCUGCAGAGUGAGGAUGAUCAGGGGAGUGAUGGAGAUCCUCCAAACUGGCAGCAGCUGGUCAGGCGUGAUGUUUUAGCAGGCCUGACACCCCACGAGAUCAAGAGACAAGAAGUCAUUAAUGAGCUGUUCUACACGGAGCGAGCUCACGUUCGCAUGCUGAAGGUCCUAGACAAGGUCUUCUACCAGAAACUCACUCAAGAGAACAUACUGCCCCCUGCUGACGUCAAGUACAUAUUCACCAACCUGGAGGAAAUCAUCCAACUCCACGUGAGAAUUGUGGAUCAAAUGACAGCCAUUCGCAAGAAGAACGAGACAUCUGUAAUUGACCACAUAGGAGACGAGUUGUUGUCUUGGUUCAGCAGUGGAGAGGAGGAGAAGAUCAAGCAAGCAGUGGGCACUUUCUGCAGUAACCAGCCUUUCGCCCUGGAGCUCAUCAAAUCCCGACAGAAGAAGGACCAGCGUUUCUCUUCCUUCAUGCAGGAGGCUGAAAGCAAUCGACUGUGUCGGCGACUACAGCUAAAGGACAUCAUCCCUGCAGAGAUGCAGAGGUUCACCAAAUACCCAUUAUUAAUGGACAACAUUGCCAAAUACACAGAUGAGUCAGAGGAGAAAGACAAAGUGAGACGAGCAGCAGAAUGCUGUCGACAGAUUCUCAACCACGUCAAUCAGUCGGUGAAGGAGUCCGAGAAUAAACAGAGACUGGAAGACUACCAGAGACGGCUGGACCUCUCUUGCCUCAAGCAGAGCGAGAACCCAAUGAUCUCGGAGUUCAAGAACCUAGAUCUCACUAAACGAAAGAUGGUCCACGAGGGUCCUCUGUCCUGGAAGAUAAACAAAGACAAAACAAUUGAGUUGUAUACGUUACUCCUGGAAGAUAUUCUGGUGCUGCUGCAGAAGCAGGACGAGCGUCUCAUUCUCAGGUGUCACAGUAAGAACCUCGCAGGAACAGCUGAGACCAAACACAUCUUCAGCCCCAUCAUCAAGCUCAGCACUGUGCUGGUGCGCUCCGUGGCCACAGAUAAUAAAUCAUUCUUUGUGAUCUCCAUGUCCAAAAACGGAGCUCAGAUUUAUGAGCUGAUGGCCCAGACAGUGUCUGAGCAGAGGAUGUGGCAACGGCAGAUCACUCAGAGGGCAGAAGUUAUGAACGCCAAACCUCACAGUGUCAUUCCUUUGCCUCAACAUGAUGGCGACAGAGACGGUGUGGAGUUAAGCAAGUUCAGCAAAGGCUCUGAUCGGAUCUCCACAGGAAGCAUCCAGUCCGCAGAGAAAGACGGUGAAUUUUCGCCCUCAGCAGCCCUGCGGGACUGUGUGCCCGACACCAACCCUGGGGAAGAGGACCAGGUCCCGAGAGCUGGCAGAGACGCUUCCUAUCAGGACUCUGAACUUUUGAACGGCAGGGAAACAGACUCUCUAUCCUGUUCAUCUAAAGCUGACGAGGCCCUGAAAACCUUGGCAGCGCUGAAGCAGGUGCUGCUGACUCAGCUGAUGGCUCAGGAUGAGGGUGAGCGAUUGGGCCGAUCGGCCGGCAGUCGUCUGCUCAGGACCACCUCUCUACGCACACCAGUGGAGCACAACUCCACCCGCACCCCUAGUCGAGCUCAGGACUACACCUCUGGCGACACAGGCUUCUAUGAGUGCCCGGAGGAUUAUGCAGCAUACCUGGUUCUGGAAGGCUUUGGUGGCUCAGGCGAGAGCAGUACUGAUGAUGAUUUUCAGGUUGGGAGAAAGGAGCCUAGUUUGGCCCACAGCUGCGCUGCUGACUCUGGGAUCAGCCUGAAGUUCUCCUCGCCCUCCUCUGGCAGCACGUCCCGUCUCAGCAGACAGGUGCUCUCACACCUGCGCUGCCUGCAGGCCAACCUCAACCACCUCAAGGAGAUGGAAACCAAGUAUUAUAAUCUACUUCGCCAAAGGCCUGUCGGGUCAGCAGCAGAAGCAGACGAGAGCAGAGAGAAGAAAUAGAGUGGCAGAAGUCGCCGGCUCCUGUGAUGACGGGGGCAUCUCUUCAGUCUCCGCACAAGCCUGUCUGCCUCACUGCUGAACACCUCCAUCCAAAAAAAAGAGGAGGAGAAUAUUCUAACAAGGCUUCUCCUCUCGCUUCUGUCAGCACUCGUCAAUUAGGCAAGACGGACUGUCUCUUCUCCGCCUUUACCUGUCCCGACUACAUGUCCUCAUUCCAGCAAACGUGGGCAGCCCAGUCUGCUAGUCCUCGCUAGACAAUGGAGAACGAUACCAAAAUGUACAAAGCUGUGUGUCUUCAGAAUAUAUAUAUACAGUAUGUAACAAACAGUCGAGAAUGGAGUUUUAAAAAAAUAAUAAUGUAUUGUUUUUUUUUCCUCUUUUUAAAUCCUGAGAUGUAUUUAUUUUUCUUUUAGUGUUUUUUCCAUGUUUCUUGCAUGCUUUUGGCUGUUGAAACUCUUUAAGCUGUCUGUAGCUGUAGGCUUCAGGAUGACUGAGCAGGGCGAGUGCUUCCGAAUUCAGACUUUUUCCCCUUUUUUUCUAUGGAAGGCCAAAUCUGUGCAGUACAUAAAGAGAGUUUUUUUCUUUUUGCUGAAGGCCUCGCUCUGUUCCUCCAGCCAGCUGACAUUCCUCCCAGAGCCCUGGACUCAUUGGUUUUGCCCUCGAGACCCUCCUGGAUGGAGCUCAGGCUCUCCUGGUCUGCAGCGAAAUUAUGAUGACUGCAAAAAAAAAAGAGAAAGAGAUAGAAUUACCAUCAAAAUAGCAGGUGAUGCAAAACUUGGAAAUAAAAAUGCAACGAUAAAGCUUCUGUGCUGAUCA